GUUUUCCGGUUAGCGAAAACGAUGGAACAUAAUCCAGGGAAAGGAAACCUCGAAGGGAAAUUCGGCCUUCUGUCUAUGUUUCUCGCGAGGUGAAAGACGUGGGACGAAGAGCCUGUGACACUGCGAGAGUUUCGUGCGGUCUGAGAAGGAUUUGAUUGGAUACUUUUAAACGAUGACGUGUGUAUCGUGUAUAAAAGACGUAUCAUUAGAUUCGCCUUUGAUAUAUCACUGAGUACUGUGUUAAGAGAGCACAUUACAUCUGAAGAAACCCUCGUGAGUUUAGUCAACAAGAUCUUUGAGCAGAUUACGACAUGGAGGCACUUAAUAAUACUAGUCUUGCGGAAAACGGCACAGGUAUGGUUCCAACAGGCCAGCCUCACAUGCCUCCUCCAUUCGAUAUUGGCACAGCAAUGCUGGCAAAUGGAAUCUUUUUAGCGAUUAUGUCCCCUACCACCAUCAUCCUGAACAGUCUGUUACUUUUCGCCAUCUUCAAGGAUCCUUUCAAAACAUUCCAAUCGCCUUCGACGUAUUUCCUGAUCGGGUUGACAGUCACAGAUCUUGUGUCUGGACUUGUUGUUGAGCCGGUCGUGAUGACUUGCUAUUUCAUGACAUAUUCCCAACAUCCUAGCACGGGAGAUUGUAUGAUUGUUCUCACUGACCAUAUUGGACUCUUGUCAGCUGCUUCCAUCAAUUCAUCGUUCCUUAUAGUCUUAUCGUUCACAGUUGUGCAGUAUCUCGCGGUGUCAUGGCCAUUGAAGUACAAAAACAUUGUAAACGUCAGGCGAACUAUAACAUGUAUCAUCGGCAUUUGGAUCUACACCAUACUGUUCGAGCUCCUACAAAAAAUCGGCGUCCCUAAAACAGUGAUCGAGAACACGGAUCUGAUAUUGCACACAACGAUCUCAUUCAUCGUCAUGGUCGUCUUCUAUAUUCUCCUUCAACGAUCCUUCCACAAGAAAAUGAAACUUGGCUUCGUCCUUAGAGCAGAGAGCACCAUUCAAAGCACCAGUGCAAGUAUACAGGCGGAUGGUAACCGAAGAUCGCCACGCAACACCCCAACAAAUAAACAAAUCGACAUAGAGAAAAAAUUCAUCAGGGUUAAUUUAUUGUUGAUAGCUCUACUUUUCUUCUGCUCUAUUCCUAAUGCUAUCAUGUGGUAUAUACUUCUUGUCGAGCCUCAGUACCGCAACUCCACAGAUUUCUUUAUAGCUAGAAUCAUAAUGGACAACACACUAUGGGUCAAGUUUCUGUUGGAUCCACUCAUCUACGCCUGGAGAUUGCCCAAGUAUCGCAGGGCGUUGAAAAAAUCUUUUCAAAGUCAUUGAAGAAAAAUUCAAAAAAAAAAAAAAAAAGGUUUCAGGGAAGUUUAUGAACGUAAACUAUGAAAUUAAAUCGACUCGCGAGAACGAAUAUAAAGAUUGUGCCCGAGGCUCAUUUCGGUUAGUCUUCUCACAGUUAUCAAGUAACUCAUCAAUCUACGCUUAGAAAAACAGUAAAAUGCUAAGAGGGAUUAAGUACGUAUUUUCUCAAAGAAUAACACUAAGAAAAAAAGAAUUUGCCGAAAAAACCCCACGCUAGUCGAGUGGAAUGCUCAGUUACUUAGUCCCAGCAAGCAAAAAAAGUAAACGCAAUCAAAACAGAAAUGCUUCGAAAACUUAUUUCCUCAAAGAAUAUUAACACAAAGAAAAAAGAAUCCGUCGGAUAAACCCCACAUUCGUCGAGAGGAAUGCUUCAUACUUGUCCCGGCAAGUGAAGACAGUAAACGUAAUCAAAACAGAAAUACUUCGAGGACAUGUUAGUUGACAGGUCAUGAAAGUGCUUGUACAAGACUGUCGAUGAACUACAAAGAUAGGAAUACGGAAACAUAAAACUCAAAGCCAAACAAACUAACACAAGAGGCGGACUAAAAACGUCCAAUACAAGGCAAGCGUAACUUAAGGUGAUAAGAUAGUAAAAUACUGACUCUAGUGUGCAAUCUGGGUCGACUAAGAUAUGAACCUUGACGAAAGAAACUCAACAAGAACGCUGUGCUAACUACGUACUGAAGCUAGGAUUCAAAUGACGACGACAAGGAAAAAAUAACAAUAGCCCCACCCAUGUUAAACAUACUUAAAAUAUACAUAUCUGUAUAUAAGAAUCUAAUGAGAAUUCUAUCUAAAUGUCGCUAGCAUGAUUAAAAUCAAGUGUGAGACAGUUAUGUCGGGUAAAAAAAAUCAUGAUCAGAUAGAAUUUAGUAAUAUUGUCAAAAAAACGUCAAACAGGAAACUAAAAAACCUACAGAAUCCGACAUAACAUUUCAAACUGCUUCAGUGAAAUUCCCAUAACACUUUUAAUUUCACUGGUUUACUUCUAUUGAUUAGAAAAAAAAGUAUAACUAUAUCGUAAAAAAUGGUUAUAUCCAAAUAUCUUAGUCAGUUGUCAAGAAAAACUUCGUAAGAAUCACGGAAUUAACGCUGGUUUUUAGCGAAGUGACAGGAUAGAACUCAUUAGUUGAAAACAAUUUUAAAAUGGGUUUAAAACUGUCAAGCAUCCAUCGACGAAGGAGCGCAAAUCUAGCUCAUUAGUAUAAGCCAAACUAUUGUAAAGCACAAUACCACAGGUAAUCAUCAAAUAUAAAAUCGCGGUUCCAAUUGUACAAAUAUUUUCCAGAGGUUAUUAUUAAUUUCAUUCGUAGGCGAGGCAGAAGAUAGUACUUUUGGGUUAUAAUGAGGAAAGGAUAAACAAAAUUACUAAGACUAUAUAAUAAAGACGUGCGGUAAUAAAGAUUUUAUUGAUUCAA